AUGAGUCAAAGGAGUGGUUUAGUCAACAUAAUGCCCAUUGGCAUUGAGGGGGUUUUACCAUGCACAUGCACUGAUUGCGCUUGUGACAAAUGCAUUAGCAUAACUGUGCCUGAGACCCGGAAUACACAGCACGCAGUAGACCAACAAAUCAACAUACCAGUGAAUUUUGAAGAUAAAUUAGAGGUAAUUAGAGAAGAACAAAAUUCACCAUUAUCGUCAACUGUGGAAAAUGAAGAACAAAAAAAAGAAAACGAACCGAAGCCAUUUGUUCCAACAGUGAAAUGUGUAUGUGCAAACACAAAAUUUGACGAAAAAGCUGAAACAGAAUUAGAUACCGAGAAGCUUCACCAUAUCUUGAACGAAAAAGAAAUGGAGCUUCGGAAGGAAUUUCAAAAAAAAUUGGAAAAAGAGACUAGUUAUUUGAAGGAGAGAUUUAAUUUUGUAUUGCAAAAUGAGCAAGCACGAUCAUCAUUGAUGCUACGCGAAGCUUAUAGAGAGAGGAAAGAAAAAAUAUCUGUUUUACAAACUCAGCUAGAAUGCAAGAAUUUAGCUGGACUAAUGUACGUCAUGUGUGCUGAACGAAGAAAAGGAAAAUUGGAGAAGCUACAAAUCAUAGAAAAGUAUACGGAAUACAUUAAUAACCUGCAUGAAGUGCUCUCCGAGGGACAAUCAUUGAUACUUCAUCUUUCAAGAGGAUACAAAACUGCAGCUCGAGUUAAUUAUGAAUGGCAAGAGAAAAUGAAAAGCAUUAUAGCUGAGUUCCAAAACUUCAUUUACAAUUUCGCGGGUGGAUCUCCUGAAACAAAUCAAUACUUUUUUGAUUUGCCGGCAUUGUUGCGUUGUGAAGUUCCCAUAGAAGAUGAUCUGCGCGAAGACCCAAUAGAAGAGGAAGAAAGUGCAACAAUUGAAGAAGAAAUUGAAAGUGAAGAAACUGCAUGGUAUCAGAAACUGAACAAUGAUAGUGGCAGUCCUUUCGUGAUAUUCGGCGACAUGGAAACUUUCAAACCGCCGGAGCGGCGCUUGACCUUGCAGCGCGUGAAAGCUGCGAAAACGGCACCGAGGAAAUGGAAAGAAUACGCGUUCCACGACACGUUCAUAAAAUCGAACUGUCCGAUGGCGGAUAAAGUUAAAGACUAUUAUCUAAAACGGGUAAAAAUGCCUGACAAUUGGGAAUGCCUGGAUAUCGAAGGGACGCCCGAAGGGAUGGGGCGCCAUGUCACUACCACGAGCGUUGACAUACGAGGCAAUAUGGGGUCCAUUCUGAAGAUCAUGACAGCAUCAGGACUCAGCCAGUGCUACGGUGGCAACCGUGCCGCAUUGCUUGGAGCCCGAGAUUCCCUAGAGAUCGCUUCGACAACCAAACUACGUGCAAUCGAAAAGUGUCGGCAGUCGGCACGCGCAAGCGCAAGCAGUGCAAAGGCGCCAGAUACUUACACCGUCGGCAGUAGAAAGACCUCCUUCUUCGAAGAGGCAAGAUAUAUUUUUGAAGAUAACGUUUCAAGACAUGAAAAACUUGUUGACGGUAGCUCGAAAAUUUUGAAAAAGAGCGAAAUAGACGUUUGCUUGAGUAACGUUUCUAGUAUACCGCAUACCGAUAGCUUGGAAGUUGUACCUCCACGCAAUGUGAAUAAAGACAAGAUUAGCUAUGAAAAGGUGUGUCCAAUGGAAAAAUGCAAGCGCAUGCGCGUGGAUUCGUUUAUGAACAACCUGCCGCCGUACAUGAAUGCCAAUCCGUUUACGGUGUACGAGGAGACCUUUGAAAAUUAUCAGGCUUGCAGUCCUGAACAAUUGGAAAUUCUGAAAGAACGGCUAAACGAGAAGAAAAGACGUGAAAAAAGCGACGAACGAGAGCUGGAGAACCCAUUGGAUGAAUGGAUGCCUACACCCAUUGAUGGCAUUGGUGUACAGACUUCUAUCCAAUCGAUAUCGCUCAGUCAAGAAAUGCCUCCAUGCAAUUGCUACGACCCUGCUCCCUCGCCUACCCCUUCUUCGAGUGUCGGCAGGAUGUUUGACUUGGCAAACCUGUACUCCGAAAAGUUGAUAAUCGAUCAAAUAAAAGAGGAUUGUUUGCAUGACGAUUUAAUACAAUUUAACCGGUUCAAGGUGGUUGGACAAGAUAGCAGUGAUAACGUUGAGAAAAAAGUACCGGACACAGGAAAAAACUUUACAACACGAAGACUGAACGAGAUAAAGAAGAUCUUGAAGCAGCAUCCGAGUCUGUGCGAAAUCUUCCAGGCCAACACACGUUGCUGACACAUAGUGCGCUUUA